AUGGCAUUUAUUGGCAGUCCUUCGUCGAAGAUUUGGACAAGACUUUUCUCACAAAGUGGAGUAUCGAACGGUGCCAAGUUAGUCGCACCAUCCGUGGCAAGCAGCAUUCAUCUAGAUCCUGUAGAUAUUAAACAUUCUCCAGAAAAUGCGCUAAAGAGAAGAAGAUUACCUCUACGUUGUGGUGCUUUGAGUAAAAAAGUAGGGAUGAUGCCGUAUUUCGAGAAAGAGACUGGUAAACGUAUAGCAGCUACUGUACUUCAGUUGGACAAUAACGAAGUUAUACUACACAGAACUCCAGCUGAAAACAAUUACUGGGCUUGCCAAAUUGGUUAUGGUAACAAGUCGCCGGAGAAUGUUACCAGACAAAUGUUGGGACAUUUCGCUGCACAUGUUGUGAAUCCAAAGGAAAAAGUUACCGAGUUUAGAGUCAAGGACGAAUCUGGACUACUACCAGUGGGUUCUUUAAUCAAACCUUCGUGGUUCAAGCCUGGCCAAUACGUUGAUUUAAGAUCAAUCAGCAAAGGUAAGGGUUUCCAAGGUGUAAUGAAACGUUAUGGAUUCAAAGGUUUGAAGGCAUCCCACGGUGUUUCCGUAUCUCACAGAUCUGGUGGUUCUUACGGUCAAAAUCAAACACCUGGUCGUGUGUUGCCUGGGAAAAAGAUGCCUGGUCAUAUGGGUGUCGACACUGUAACAAUUCAAAACGUGCAAGUGCUGGACGUCAACGACGAAACAGGUACUGUCUUGGUGAAGGGCUCUGUCGCAGGUCCAAAUGGUGCAUUCGUUAAGAUCCAAGAUGCUAUCAAAAAGCCAACCCCAGUAUAA